UCUUCCGCUGUCUGCCUGAGAGGAAUAUAGAGCACUCACACUCCAUUAUUUGCCGCCGACACACCAAAGCCAGGAAGUCACGAAGCAUGGCCUCGGCCGCGCCAGUGCAGAGCAAGAAGCUGCAGAUCCUCUUCAUCCCCUUCUUCGCCACCAGCCACAUCGGCCCACACGCCGACUUCGCCGUCCGCCUCGCCGCGGCCAGGCCAGACGCCGUCGAGCCCACAAUCGCCGUCACCCCGGCCAAUCUCCCGGUCGCCCGAUCCGCGCUCGAGCGGCACGGCCCCAUCGGAAGCAGCGCCGUCAAGAUCGCCGCCUACCCGUUCCCGGACGUGGACGGCCUCCCGCCGGGCGUCGAGAACCUGUCCGCUGCCGCCGGCAGCGGCGACGCGUGGCGCGUCGACGCCGCGGCCAUCGACGAGGCGCUGACGCGGCCCGCGCAGGAGGCGCUCAUCAGGGCGCGGUCGCCCGAUGUCGUAAUCUCAGAUUUCCACUUCUUCUGGAACUCCACCAUCGCCCAAGAACUCGGCGUGCCGUGCGUCACGUUCAGCGUCGUCGGCUCCUUCUCGAUGCUCGCCAUGCGGCACCUCAGCAGCGGCAUAGUGGAAAGCAGCGGCUCCGAUGGCCAGGACCUGGAGGUGACCGUUCCUGGGUUUCCAGGCCCUGGGAUACGGAUCCCGAGGACAGAGCUGCCGGAGUUCUUGAGGUGCCAACAGAAGCACGACCGAUCCAACCCGCGCUUGGCGGCCUCGGCGCGAGUACCAAGCUGCUUCGGCCUCGCCGUCAACACUUUCUUGGACCUGGAGCAGCCGUACUGUGAGUUCUUCGCGCGCCAGGGAUACGUGAGGCGCGCCUACUUCCUAGGCCCGUUGUUUCUACCGUUACCGCAGGCCGGAGCAAACACCGGCGAGUCACCACCAUGCAUCCGUUGGCUGGGCUCCAUGCCGAGUUGUUCUGUGCUGUACGUGUGCUUUGGCACUUACGCUUCCAUCUCCAGAACCCAACUUCAGGAGCUGGCUCUUGGGCUGGAGAACUCCGGCAAGCCGUUCUUGUGGGUACUGAGGGCCGACGGAUGGGCGCCGCCGGAGGGGUGGGAGGCGCGGGUCAAAAACAAAGGAAUGCUCGUCAGAGAAUGGGCCCCGCAGACUGCGAUCCUGUCCCAUCCGGCUGUCGGGGCGUUCCUGACGCACUGUGGGUGGAGCUCGACGCUGGAGGCGGCGGCGGCAGGCGUGCCGAUGCUGACAUGGCCACUAGUGUUCGACCAGUUCAUCGGGGAGAGGCUGGUCACGGACGUUCUCAGGAUAGGCGAGAGGGUGUGGGACGGGCCACGGAGCACGAGGUACGAGGAGAAGGAGACUGUCCCGGCGGAGGCGGUAGCGCGUGCCGUGGCGGGGUUCUUGGAGCCCGGAGGAACAGGGGAGGCUGCAAGGGGCAGAGCACGGGAGCUCGCCGUGAAGGCUCGGGCAGCAGUGGUAGAAGGCGGAUCAUCGUACCGCGAUCUGCGCCGUCUGAUCGAUGAUCUUGUAGAAGCAAGGGCGGCCAACGGUGGCGCAGCCGCGACAUCGUACCCAUGAACAUCGGUGGCAGAAGCUGUGCCGGUGCCAGCGCGAUCAUGCCUUGAGUUUAAUCCUGAGUAAUUACAUUGGCCAUCAUGAAGUUAUGCUGUAGAAGUUCAGUUCAUUUUUUUUUUGUGUGUGUGAAACCUGAGUGUCAAUUUGAUGCUUUUGACAACUGCUGGUUUGGAUCUGAUAAUCGAAUAUUGGUACAAUAACCGUCAGGAUGCAUAGUUCGUCGAUCAUAGGUACCAUCUUACUUGAAUAUGGGACAGAAGUGUCUGUCGAUAUGGAACGGAUGGAUAGUUGCUAUUGGCAGUCCUGCCUGUUGGUGAUUUAUUUUCGGAAACAGAAUUAGUGGCAAUUAUGCAUAUCAUCUUUGCAACAUGUUUCUUAGUGACUA